AGAUACAUCCAUUUGAGCGACAACUAAUAUGAAUCGGAGGGAGUACCUGACUCUUUUUCAUGAUUUCAAAAGUAUCUGUAUACAAGAAUCUUCCUCUGAUGAGCAUUUACUUGUGCUCUUCUCCAACAAAGGCCAGGGCAGGAGUGGAGAUGGCAGUGAUUGACGCAGUUGCUAACAGCAUCCGCAUACCCUUGUGGAGAUUAUUUGGCGGAGCAUCGAACAGUGUGACGACAGACAUCACGAUUCCAAUUGUUACCCCAAAUGAAGCCGCUCAAUUGGCUGCAAAAUAUCGGGGACAAGGGUUUCAAACUCUGAAGCUCAAAGUAGGAAAAAAUUUGAACUCAGACAUUGAAGUUCUGAAGGCUAUAAGGCUUGUCCAUCCUGACUGCUCAUUUAUCUUGGAUGCAAAUGAAGGGUACACAGCAAACCAAGCAAUUGAAGUCCUUGACAGACUAAACGAAAUGGGAGUAACUCCUGUACUCUUUGAGCAACCAGUUCAUAGAGAUGACUGGGAAGGUCUCCGUGAUGUUAGCAUUGCUGCUAUGGAGAAAUACAGAGUUGCUGUUGCUGCUGAUGAAAGCUGCCGCGGUUUACUUGAUGCUCAAAAAAUAAUACAUGGAAAUCUUGCUCAUGUUAUUAACAUCAAACUGGCAAAGUUAGGGGUUCUUGGAGCCCUCGAAGUAAUUGAUGCCGCAAGAAAAGCUGGUAUUGCACUUAUGAUUGGUGGUAUGGUCGAGACUAGGAUUGCCAUGGGCUUUGCCGGCCAUCUCACUGCUGGGCUUGGUUGUUUCAGUUUUAUUGACCUGGACACACCUCUUUUAUUGUCCGAAGAUCCAGUGUACGGUGGCUAUGAAGCUUCUGGACCUGUCUACAAGUUUAAGAAUGCUCGAGGCCAUGGCGGUUUCCUUCAUUUGGACAACAAUAAUGGAUGGAAAUGAAGAUGGUUAACGCACGCCUUAUCCUCCGGGAGGAACUUUAUAAAGCAUAUCAGCGCAUUCAGUAUAGAAUGUAGAAGUUAUCACACGCGACGACUACCGUGUGGAACUGAAAUGUAACACAAUCAAUUGUAAGCCAUAUAUAUAGUGGUAAAGCUCCCGUUUAUGUACUGCUGUAAGUCCUGUAGAUAGGUAAGUUCAGAAGGCCAGCUCGGCUGGCAUUGUUGCUGUAGUGUAGUACAAGCAGUAACUGUUCCCUCAGUGUUCUCCUUUUGUAUUUUUCUGGAAUAAAUGAGACUGCCCCUUGAGCUAGCAAA